GAGUCACCUGACUCGGCUGCGGGCUGAGGAGACACACAAGGGAAGUGAUCGUCGCGGGAGCCAGAUCGUCUGACCCGGGACCCUCCGCGCGCCAUGCCGUCCGAGAAGACCUUCAAGCAGCGCCGGAGCUUCGAACAAAGAGUGGAAGAUGUCCGGCUCAUCCGGGAGCAACACCCCACCAAGAUCCCAGUGAUUAUCGAGCGAUACAAGGGGGAGAAGCAGUUGCCCGUCCUGGACAAGACAAAGUUCCUUGUACCUGAUCACGUGAAUAUGAGUGAGCUCAUCAAGAUAAUUAGAAGGCGCCUGCAGCUCAAUGCUAACCAAGCCUUCUUCCUCCUGGUGAACGGGCACAGCAUGGUGAGUGUGUCCACACCCAUCUCUGAAGUGUACGAGAGCGAGAGAGAUGAAGACGGCUUCCUGUACAUGGUUUAUGCCUCGCAGGAGACAUUCGGGACAGUGCUGGCUGUGUAAGGCUGGAACAAUGCCUGAUGGUUGUUAAGCCCUUACCAAGGCAAAAAAGGGACGUUACCAGCGGACGCUGGUCAGCUCACCACCCACAGAUCAGAACGUAGGCACCCACAUAGGGUAUUAGGAACUGUUUAUCAGCCAGAAACUGAGCUCCAUGCAAGUGCAUUCAGCUUGGAAACUCAUUAAACUAGGCUAUCUUGUGUUCAAACUUUAGGAGUUUAAAAUAAAAUACUUUGCAUCCUAAGUUGCCAAUAAAAAGACCAAGUUAUUUUGACAUUUUUCUCUCCCUAGUAGGGACUCAAAAUAGCAGGGCCAGGACCGGGGCCGUGCCGGGGCAGUCUCUUCCUGGGACCUGCUGCCUUCUCUAAAAGGGCUUCCACUCGGGAGAGAAGUCACUCUUAACAGUCCCUCGGCCCAGAUUGCCUGGCAGAGGUCCCCAGAGGGCUCUGGCUUUGCCCAGAACAGGUCAGGUGUGUAGGAUCUCGCUCUAAGCCGGGACCGGGUCCUGCCCCAGCCAUGCCAUUUCCCCCUCAGCAGUGCAGGGAAGCUCACUCGCUGCUGUCUAGAUGUCGCCACACACACCGCUGCUCAGAGGCCAGUUCUAGCCUUGCCCAGGGCUUGCUUGGUCCAGCUUCGUAAGAGACUGCAGAGCAAAGUGUGUUUCUCCUGGUUUGGAUUUUGUCUGGUCCAUGCCUGCUUCAGGGAAAAAGCAAGCAGGUGUGCAAUGCUGGCCUUAGGAUGCAGUUGUCAAAACGGUCGACUGGAAGUCCAGUGCUCGUUCCAGACUUGGCUCGUGGCUGUUUGUUAGUGUGUAACUGUCUUUGUAAGGGAGCUUCCGCCAGCUGCUGGGAUCUCCCCAUUUCAUGUCAGUACAUACAUGUCAGCUGUGAAGGCAGCAGCAACAGGAGACCUGUUCCGUGGACGUAUACGGCCGCUUCCAACUAAAGCAAGCCUCUUCCUGCCUGCUACCUGCAUGUAGUCCACUGUGACACUCAGACCAUCCUUGGUCACCUACUUGUGGUCUGAGAAUCUCAGUGAGAGCUGCCUGCUGUCAUGGACGGAAGCCAACAUAGCCACCUCCCAACCUAGCUCCUCACAGGCACCCCACCCCUCCUGCAUGCAGCUGUCCUUGCUAACCCUCAAUGUUAUUUUACAUUGUGUCAAUCCUCACUGCUCUGUCUUGUGUAGGUUGUGUACGUCAUUAUGUCCCUGGUUUUUAUAACUAUGGUGCGAUCAGUAAGGAUUCCUGUAAUACUGCUUUAAAAAUGCUGCUCAGAGGGCAGCCUCCAUUAUAGGACACCUGUACACUCUGAUGCACUAAGUCAAUAAAGGCACAACUGAACCUGUU